UAAGCCUAACACUGUUCCGGGAAUCCGUCGUCCAUUCUCUCUUUCGUUCCAUUUUCAAUCGCUUGGUUCCUCGCUAAACUGUUGAAUGUUAAUUCUUCUGUAACAGAUCUCUCUUAUUCUCUCGUUCCAAUCAGUCCACCUUAAUUAUCUCUUCGUGAUCAUGUCUACUGCUACCGACGAACCUGAAUUGCAAAACGGUGUCAAACCUGAACCGGCAUCAGAUCCCGACCCUAAACCUGAAUCGCAAUUGGAACCGGAACCGGGACCACUGCCAGAAGCAGAGGCGGCCCCAGAAUCAACUCCAGAACCAGAGGCGGCACCAGAAUCAGCUCCAGAAUCAGAGACGUUGGCAGAAGCAGAACAGGAGCAAGCUGUGCUAGUUGCAGAUGCGAAGGUGGAGGAGCCACAUACCUCGAUCCGGUCCAAUGAGGCCGAGCAAACUGCAGGUCCCGAGCUAAUGAAGGACGAAGGGAACCGGACGUUCACGAUGGGGGAAUUGUUGAGCGAGUUGAAAAGCGAGGAAGGGGAAGAUCAUGACGCCAGCACUCCUUACAGUCAAGAAGAAACUCCUCAUCAACAGACAGAGCAGAACAAUGCUACAAUGGAACUGAUAAAUAGCGUUACUGCUGUUGAUGAGGAAAGUAGGAAUCGCCAAAGGAUUCUCACAUUUGCUGCUAAGAGGUAUGCUAGUACAAUAGAGAGAAAUCCAGAAGACUAUGAUGCGCUAUACAAUUGGGCAUUGGUUCUUCAGGAAAGUGCCGAUAAUGUCAGUCCAGAUUCUACUGCACCUUCAAAAGAUGCUUUGCUUGAGGAGGCUUGUAAGAAAUAUGAUGAGGCUACCCGUCUUUUCCCUUCGCUACAUGAUGCUUUCUACAAUUGGGCGAUAGCAAUAUCUGAUCGGGCAAAAAUGCGUGGUCGUACAAAGGAGGCUGAAGAGCUUUGGAAGCAGGCCACCAAAAACUAUGAAAAAGCUGUCCACCUUAACUGGAACAGCCCUCAGGCUCUUAACAACUGGGGACUAGCUCUGCAGGAACUCAGUGCAAUUGUUCCUGCUAGAGAAAAGCAAACAAUUGUGAGGACUGCAAUUAGUAAGUUUCGUGCAGCAAUACAGUUGCAAUUUGAUUUCCAUCGAGCAAUUUACAACCUUGGAACUGUAUUGUAUGGAUUGGCUGAGGACACGUUAAGAACAGGGGGAUCUGGCAGCGCGAAAGAUGUUUCCCCUAAUGAGUUGUAUAGUCAAUCUGCCAUUUACAUAGCAGCUGCUCAUGCGUUGAAACCAAAUUACUCGGUUUACAGUAGUGCUUUGCGGCUUGUGCGUUCCAUGUUACCAUUACCAUAUCUAAAAGUUGGAUAUCUGACUGCACCUCCAGUGGGGAGUUUAAUAGCACCUCAUAGUGAUUGGAAGAGAUCUCAAUUUGUUUUGAAUCAUGAAGGACUUAAACAGAUUAACAAAGGUGAGCAACAUCAAGUACCGCAAAACCUCUCUCGCAGACCUGGAGAUGUGACAAGUAUGGAUAAAAAAAUAAUUAGAGUUGAUAUCCCAGACAUUGUUUCUGUCUCGGCAUGUGCUGAUCUGACUUUACCACCUGGAGCUGGCCUUUGCAUUGAUACAAUUCAUGGACCAGUUUUCUUGGUUGCUGAUUCAUGGGAAUCACUUGAUGGAUGGCUCGACGCAAUCCGUCUUGUCUACACGAUCUAUGCACGAGGAAAGAGUGAGGUCUUAGCAGGAAUUGUAACAGGCUAGUCAUUUUGACUCACUAAAAUGCAUAUCUAUAGCAAAGUCAGUGUGUUGAUUUGUGAUUUACUGUUGAAAUAAUAUUUUCAUUGUACAAUAUUUGGGAUGGUGUGAUGUCUAGUCCAAUUUUUGUUGCAUUGUUCAAAUCUCAAAAUGAAUGUUUGUGUUCUGAGGAAGUGCACUUGGUAACAGCCUGACCUCUUUACCUAA